ACGUCCCCUUGGAGACUAGAGCAACACGUGAUGCUUAUCACGUUCACUGAGCAGCGCUCAGGAACACACUUUGAGGAAAAAGUGACUUUUCUGACCCUCAUUCGUCGAAUGUGUCGAUGUCUAUCACUCCUUUAGGGAGGUAACACAGUGGGCGAUGUAAAGUAUCCAGUUGGCGAACUUUGCACAUCCUCAAAUACGCCAUUUUGAUCUCUCUCCGGAACAAGUUUGAAGUUUUUUUUUUCUUUCUCGAAGUCCAUCAUCUCUUUUCACCAUCAUCAUGUCUCAGCGCAAACAGCCCAACCCCGACAAAGUCACGCUAUGAGCAGAGGUUGCUUUCCCUCAUUCUGCGCCCGUGACCCUGUGCCUCCGUGACCCUGUGACGUGUUUAGCCCAGAGCUUAAAAUGGAAAUGGAAAGUGCCUCCCCUGAGCAGACUGUCAGCAGUGCUGUUGAUGCUGCUGAUGUGAAUGAACAUUUGUCAGAAGAGUCCUCCACACAUAGACCAGAACCAGCUGAAGAAGCAGACUGUGAUGGAAAGGACAAACCAGAACAUAGAGAUGAUGAUGAUGAUGAUGAAGGUGGAGUUAGAACCGAGGAGGAGCUGUCCUCCAUCAACUCCAUGAUGAGCACUGUGAUGAAUGUGGGCCAGAUCGAUGGCGUUGAUUCUGAGCCCACCAAAAUAUCUCCCAGAAAUUCAACCAAAUCACCAUCUGUCAAUCGUACUGGUAGAAGAAAUCAGGAAGUCAAAGACGAACGCUUAAGCUUCAUUUGCCCCCUGUGUGACAAAAACUGCAUGACACUGCACCAGCUCACCAUGCAUAUCAGACAGCAUAACACAGAUAGUGGGGGAACUGACCACUCCUGCAGUAUCUGUGGGAAGGCUUUGAGCUCAGCCAGUUCUCUGGACCGCCACAUGCUGGUUCACAGUGGAGAGAGGCCAUACAAGUGUGUGAUAUGUAGUCAGACUUUCACUACCAAUGGAAACAUGCACAGGCACAUGAAAAUUCAUGAAAAGGAUGCAAACAGUAUUCCUACCCCUAGUUCUUCCCCACUAAUCAAGCGCCGACGACUCCCUAGUAAGAAGAAGCUGAGUGUAGAGGAUGAAGUGGAGCAGGCAGAGGAGCCGCCAGUUAAAAAAGUGAUGUUAGUGCAAAAGUCGGGAGAGAAUGAUUCUGUUAAGAGUGAGGAAGAGAUCCUUCACUGCCCCAUCUGCUUUAAGACAUUCAACUGUAAAUAUGAUCUGGAAACACACAUGGAGACACAUCCUGACACUACACUCAGGUGUAGCAUUUGUUGCAUUUCCUUUCGCACACAUCGGGGUCUUCUCCGUCAUAACGCCGCCAUUCAUAAGCAGCUCCCUACUGACCCCUCUGGACAACCCUUUAUUCAGAAUAACCCCUCCAUCCCUCUGGGGUUUGGUGACUUGGCUUUUAUUGACUUCAGCUGUCAAAAAUUUCCCCAAAUUGCACAGGUCUGGUGUGAGACUAAUUUGCGCAGAUGUUCUAGCAAGUUCCACAAAUUUGUUUGUGAGGUCUGCAACAAGGCCUUCCCUCUUCAGCAGUCUCUGGAUCUCCACAAAUCCUCACAUAAAAGUAGCGCAGGCACCAGCACUGAACCUCAGGAACAUAACGCAGAUGGUGUUAUGGAUGCACCCAAAGUUAACUCCCAUUCCACGGAUUCCAAGGAGGUCAAUGAACUAGUACCACAUGUUGAUCGUACCAGUUCAGAUGGAAAAAACGUUUUCUUGGAGUGCCUGGGUCUCCAACACUCUUCUUUGGCCAAGCCAGAGAAAUCAGAAGAGCAAAUUCAGCAGGAAAUUUUAGACAGCAUUCACUUUAUUCAUAUUGAGCCACCUUCAACUAAUCUACCUCAAGAAAACAGCAACAAUCUCGGUGACUCAAUUUUGGAACCCGUCUCUCUUCAAGCCAUGAACAAGAAUGCCGCCCUUGGCCUCCUGUCACUACAGCCACUCAAUAGUAUCGUCAGAAGUGGUAUGUUUGUCCCAAUAAGUGGUCAAGCUGCGGUGGAGCUAGCAGACAUUGAACAAAUCCUUAAGCUUGCAGCCUCUGUGCCACCUCAGAUGUCUUUGUCUAUGCUUGCCAAAGGUCUGGGCAGUCCUCUACAGGUGGACCCCAAACAGAUUGCUUCUCUGAAGCAAAAGCCCUUAAUCACUCCACGAUCAAGUAUGGGUACUUCCACACCCCCUCCUCCUGUCAUGAGCGCCCAACAGGCCUCAUCGGGCAACAUCAGUCCUAGCCUUCCACCCCAAACAGGUCAACAAGUGAGAACUGCCAGACAAUCACCAGCCUCCUCUUCAUCCUCAACCUCUUCAUCUCCUACCAACUGGGAGACUACUCAGCUGGGGCCAGAUGUCAUAGGAAACACGAUUAUUUCAUAUGAAACUGGAAAGCAAGAAGAGUUUAAUGGCAAAAGGAAGGAAUCAAGAGGCAAGAAGAUGGCCAAGACCGAGUACCCUUGCCGGUUCUGCAAAGAAGUUUUUUCCUUCUUAGGCGGCCUCCAGGCUCAUAUGCGUCACCAUCUGGGAGCGUCACCGUACCAGUGCACCAUUUGUAGCUACGCCGCUCCUGACAAAGCAACACUGAUUCGACAUUUCAGAACACAUAGCGGUGAGCGGCCAUAUGUCUGUCGCCUCUGUCACUACCCUUUCACUGUGAAGGCUAACUGUGAGCGUCAUUUGCGCAAGAAACACAUGAAAAACACUCGCAAAGACAUCGAGAAAAACAUUGAAUAUGUUACCACCUCCUCUAGUGCAAGUGGUGUAAUCGGAGGCACCACACUAGACCUUCUUGAUACGGCCGGUGCCGGUAACACAUCUUGUCGAUUUUGCGGGGAGGACCUUAAGAGCUACAGAGCACUUCAGAUUCACCUGCGGACGCACAAUGGAUGUCAGCGGAAGCCAUUUGAGUGUAAGCAAUGUGGGGCAGCGUUUCUCGCUAAAAGGAACUGCAUUCACCAUUUGCUGAAGCACCACCCAGAUGUUCCAGAGCGGGAAAUUGAAGAACACAUCAAAAGUCUUGUACCGGUUGGAGGAGACACUACCACUCAAGCCAUCCCUCCAACCUCAAAUGGGCUGAUUAACAGCACCGUUCCUCAGAAUGUAGGUCCCUACACUGGACCUGUUGAGGACCAAGACCAGCCUUUAGAUUUCUCUAGCAAAUCUCAAAAAACGAUUGCUUCAAAUGUUAAAAUUGAAGUAACAACAUCUCCUCUGUUUAACGACUGCUCUAUGGAGCCCAUUGAUCUCUCAAUACCUAAGGUUCCUGAGAAGAAGAAAAUGACGAAAGAACAACCUCAGAGUGUGUCCCUGAAUCAACAAGACAUCAAGAAAGAACAAACCCUGGAAACGACCCCUGGACUUCUCGCCACUCUCCCAGUCUCCAUUUCUAGCCUGGCCUCUGCUCUAUCCAGUGACCUUACUAAGCCUUUUCCUCGCUUGAAGCCAUUGCUACCAAAACCAUCUUCUGUUUCCAGUACUAAAAUGGCACCGCUGGCCUCCAUUGUCCAGAUGAUUGAAACAGGAAUAGAUGGCAAAAACAGUGUUAGUGCAAUGGAUUUUAAUACACUAAGUGAGAAGAAGGGCACUACUAAACUGGAUUACAUUCAAAAUGGCUCUUUUGGUAACACAAAGAAGAGAGGCAGGAAGAGACCGUUUCAGGAAGAGAUCUGUGAUCCAAGAAUGCCGACAGGUUGUGGCGUUGACUUGGAGUCAAGUGGAGAGUUUCCCAGUGUGGAGAAAAUGCUAGCUACCACAGACUCAAAUAAAUUCAGCCCCUACUUACAACCCAGUCAGAUGGAGCCAAUGAAGGAAGAGAAAGAGAAGCAAUCUUUUAAUGAGGAGGUAAAAGAGGGACGAGAGGAUAAGCCAAAGAAACCUUCCCAAAACAAAGGAAAGAAGAACGCUUAUUCCAAUUCAGUGCAGAAAAUGACCUGCCCAUACUGUCCACGUCUGUUCCCUUGGGCCAGCUCAUUGCAAAGGCAUAUGCUAACACACACAGGGUCUCGCCCCUAUUUUGAUAGCACCGCCCCACACAUACGUACGCAACCCAGGCAACGAUUAUGGCGGAAUCUGCUGUGCCAGCCGGCUGAAGGUCAGAAGCCAUACCCUUGUCCUCAGUGUGAGUCAUUCUUCUCCACCAAGUCAAACUGUGAGCGCCACCUGCUCCGCAAACAUGGAAUGUCUAAUCGGACUCUUCAAAACAGUGGAUCUCGACCCAGACCUAAGGCUGACGAAGGAUCCCAAGGAAGUACUGGCACUAUUGAGAGUGUAUCUGACACUGAACCUCCUGUAGUCAGAGAUAUUGUGGAUCUGAGCUCUGUCAACCCCAAACAAGAGGAGAGAGCUUCAUCUCCAGAACAUGCACCAGAGCAAACAGGACAAUCAGCGGCUGAACAAACAGACAGCAUCUCAGACCUAAACCAAACACAGCCAGCAGAGGGAAACCCUGAGGGAGUAGAAAAUAAUGACGAUGACUCUCAAAGCAACAAUAGUCUUGAUAUGAACCUCGCCAACAAGUUCGUAGACUUCAAGCUUUCUGGAACAGAGCAGCACCAGCCUAAAUCAACUGCUGAACCGGUUUCUCCACCAGAUGAGUUCCCACACACCUGUGCGUCCUGCAAGAAGACCUUUCGCCAUGCAGCCACUCUCAGCCGGCACCAGAAAACUCACAUUCAGGAGGUCCAGCCAGAGAAUAGAGGCAAAAAAGGAAGAUGCCAACCUGCUCCUCAAAACCCAGUCCCAGCACCCAGAAAGGAACUGGAUCUGGAGGCCAAGUUAGAAGAUGAUGAAAAGGACGAGAACAGCAGCUGUGUGGAAAGUGGUGCUGAUGAGGAGGAGAGGGAGGUGAUGAGUGAUGAUGAAGAAGAAGAAGCUGCUUCCUCAGAGCUCAGGGCUUUGGAAGAGGAGGCCGAAACCACUGGAGGCAAAACCGACAAGAGGAAGAAGAUCUGUGCUGUGUGCAGCAAACGCUUCUGGAGCCUGCAAGACUUGACCAGACACAUGCGCUCACAUACUGGUGAGCGACCUUAUAAGUGCCAAACCUGUCACCGCACCUUCACCCUGAAGCACAGUCUGGUGAGGCAUCAACGUGUCCACCAGAAACCCACAGACGAAAAAGGGACAGAUGAGGCAGAAUUGAUUGAAGAAAUGGAUGGAGCAAGAGAUGACAGCGAAUUGCCGGAGGGAAAAGAGGUGAGGUGUUCAUCUGCAAGUCAAAGUGAAGCAACAGCUCCAAUCCAGAGUGAGAAUGAAUGUGGGAAAGCAGGAGCACCCCAAGAAGAAGAGAGUGAAGGGCAUGUGGAGGAAAUUCAGCAUCCUGAAGAUACAUCCAUGGCGAUGAAUUCUGCUGAAGAACCUCAGCCGGAUGGGGCUGAACAGGAGGAGCAUCAAACAGUCGCCUCAGUAGAGGCCCAAUCAGGCUGUGAUCCAGAUCUUGCAAAAAUCAGUGUCCAUAGCUGUACAGCAGCUCAGGACAUGACAGAGACACCCGAUCAGUGAAGAGAAAAUUCACUGUGUUGAUUUUGUGCCAUAGUUUAUCGAGCUUCCACAAACUCUAAGAGUUGCAAAGCCUGGCUUCUGCCGAUAUUUGUCUUAUACAGUGCGCAUGACAGACUUCUAUUGAUGCCUUAAUGCUUUCUUCUAAAGAUCUGGAUCAACACAUAACUGGACGGUAGCAAUUUUAAUCCUAUUUAUAUGAUUUUUAAUGAAUCAUAUAAAGCCUUUAUAUCAAUAAAUUAGAAGUGUUUGUAUGAUGAACAGAAGAUUUAUAUAUCAGCAUUAAAUUGUAUUAUUCUUGAGUCAGUUUCUGCAUGUUUUUAGUAUCUGUAUAGAGUUGGUUGGUUUCCUUUUUGUCUUAUGGAUUUGAAGAGCUUAAUUGCCGACUUAUUGUCAUUAUCAAGAUUGGCUGAAUACAUUUUGGAUACAAUUGCUGUUCAGCUCUGUAAUUUUUAUUUUGGGUGAUCGUCGGCCAAUCAGUUUAUCGGCAAUAUUUGCCCAUUCUUUGUGUAUUAUCCUCCAUCUUCAGCCUCGUUGACAAAUGUUGCAGAAGGCAUGCACAAGUGGCCGGGAAGCUUGAAACAGCGCCUUCUGGUGGCAUAGAGUGUGAAGUAUUAUAUUAUAAGGCCUGUGCAUCUGAGAGAAGUCAGUGCGAUUCAGUGAACAUUUUAUAUCUAUAAAGUGUGUUUGGCUUCUUGGUUUUGUGUUUGUACUGGAAAUCUCUCUAUGAUUCAUUUUGACUUCAACACUGGUGUUCACACUAAAAUUCAAACACUUCUUUUUCUUUUUAUCUUGUACAUAUUGAUUCUGAAAAGCAAUCUGAAAUGUAUCCCUUAUACUGGUUUAUGUAGAAGGGAUAUUUAUUUUUCCUAAAACAAAACACAAAUUGAACCCUUUUACAUUCGUUGUUGCAAUAGUGUGACUUCAAUAACCCCUGAAGUCCACACAAAACUGCAUUUGAGAUCCAGUGAAUUUGAAGCCCUCAUAGUGGCAAAAACGUUUGCUAGUUUUCAUUCAUUUUGAAAGCUGUGUCUCUGGAUUUAAAACCAAUUGAAACAUUGCAAAUGAACUGGGUUUAUAUUUGUCGAAACACAUUUUUCUUUCUUUAUGUUGUUUUUGAAUGAUGUUUGUACUUGUAAAUGUAUACGUGUGUGUGUCUGUGUGUGGGUGUGUGUGUGGGUGUGCACAGUCAUAUGGAUAGAAAACACUGAACAUUGUCUGCAGGUAUUUAUUGAUCAGUCUGGAGCGUGUGGUUGUCAUUUUGAAAAGCCAUGUUGAAUCCAAUUUCUGUAGCGAGGAGAAUCAAAAGAUGAAUGUUGUUUGAGAUUGUGAGGUUCUCAACAUUUUCAGAAACUCUGUACAUUCAGAUUCUUUAGAUAAUUAUAUAUUUUAUGUGUGUGUGUGUUUGUGUGUGUUUGUUUGUCAGCUAGUGAAACCUUCAACCAAUUCAGCUACCCAUUCAUUCGAGAACAUUGAGAGUAUCAUUUGAUGGGUUUGACAAUAUGAUUAUAAAUAUAAUGAUUUUUGCAUGUUGAUCUGAUUUGUAUUUCUCAGUUAUUCUAUUUCUCAGGGGUUUUCACAAUCUGUGUAUCUGUCUGGUGUGUGAAAUGCAAUCUCUGUUCACUACACUACAUUUAAGAGCAUUUGACUCAAUUUGGUCACUGUAUGUUUAGGCCUAAAUGUACCAAACCUUUUGUGCAAAAAAUCUGCAAAUUCUUGUAAUUAAUUCAGAUAUCAGUGACAAUGUUUGUCAGAUGUAUUGCAGAUACCUGUCAGAUCAGUUCAGAUGUAGACAACUCGUUGACUUUGCUUUUUUCAACCCUGUAAAGCGAAUAAAUCAUCCAAUCAAUAAAUGUACACUAAGAAUGAU